CGGUACAAGUUUAGAUAUACUUGUGAGUUGUGAGCAGAGAGAGUGAGAGAGGGGUUAGCCUUUGCUCAACGAAAAGACAACAGAGUGUAUGAAGUGAGAAAAGAGAGGAAGAGGGACAGACUACAGAGAAAACCGAUUAAUCAUAUGGUGUUCGAGUGAGUUGUCAAAAGAGAAGAUUUGGGUGAUUUUAAACUCGUCGACAAGAAAGAAGGAUAACUUGUUUGUAAAGCAAAAUCUUGCUGGGGAACUGAAAGAAAAACUGUUAGAAAAUGAAUCAAUAAAUAGAUGUUUUCCUGAUUGCUUUCUGAGCUAGGAACUUGUUUUAUAGUAGACCCUUCGACUUUCUAACAUACCCAUCAUCAGCUAUCAUAUUUCGCUGUUGAACUGUGAGUUAUUCAAAUCUCUCUCUCUCUCUCUCUCUCUGAGAGACACAGUAUCAAUUUAUCAUCCUCAACAUCAUCAUGGGGGUUUCUAAGGAGCAAAAGAGAAGAAUCUGGUCUGUUGUAAUAGCGACUCUGCAGAUAGUGAGUUGGGUUUCUGCAACCGGCAGGCCUUUUGCAACAUAUGAUGGUGCUCGUCGCCCAGGCCAAAGUCCAGCAUCUUUACAAGCUACGUUGCACAAACAACAGGAAUUCAAAAGCACGGAGGGAAGGUUGAUGAAUGAAGUAGCUUAUAAAGGGUUGAGCACAAUGGGGUCCAGGCCACCAAGCUGUGUGGGAAAGUGUGGUGGAUGCUCUCCAUGUCAAGCCAUACAAACACCCACAACCACCGAUCGUGUUGGUGCCCAGUAUGCCAAUUAUGAGCCAGAGGGCUGGAAAUGCAAGUGUGGGACAUCUUUCUUCAACCCAUAAUGCUUCACUCAUAGAGCUACCCAUCUUUCUUUUUCUGUUUCUUUAUAUCAUCUCAUCUCCCUGUACAAAUUACAGACCCAUAUUGAUUUCCAGCUUAAAAACAAUGCUUAGGGGUUCGGGCUUUUGCUGGAGGCCUGGUAGGAUUACCUUUUUUUUUUUUUUGGUAAAAUGAUUAGAGUGCUCUAGCCACUAGUUCUUUUGUUUUAUGUGAGAGAAGAUAGACUAUACGAGUUCUUUUUCUCUGUAUUCGAGGUGGCGGGAUCUGCYCCUCACAAAUGGGCGCCUCACACGCACGUCCACCGUGCACUUGGAACAUCUUCCGCGAAUACCAAUGCAUGGUAGGAUGUGCAUGUGAGACGCCAGGUGUGAGGAGGAGAUCCGGUCUCGUAUUCAAGUGCCAUAGACCAUAAAUAAAAGUGUGAAGUAUCAUUUACGGAA